UCGCCGAGACGUGGCAUUGACUAGUUGCUAAUGUUUUUAUUAACUCUUUUAUGGCUAGAAGCGCGUUCAGUGGUGUUUUACACGGUUUUCUUCUAACGGAGUUUUUUAUUCUAAUAACGGAUAGUGGUCUGCAAAUCACAUUCUUUGCCGGUUCCUGUUCUUCCUUAUAAUUAGUUAUUAUUCUUUUGAUCGACUUCUAAUAAUUAAAUUCUGUCGAUUGAACGAGUGAUAAUUCUGUUAUCGAAAGUGACAUAAUGUGAGGAAAACUAUUGAUAUUUUUGAGUAGAAGGCCUACUAUGCUCUAAGUUCAUGUCAGUGACUUGAUUGAAUUGUAGAACAGUUCUACAAAAUCCGCAGACCUGCAGAUAACGUUCAAAGCAAAGCAAAACAAGUGACGAGAUGGCAGAUGAAAGUGAUUUGCAUAAACUAUCCAAGUGAACUUUAUCAGUAUUGAAUCAGUUUUUACUCUGCGACAAAUCUUUGUAACUUGUCAAUUAGAAAGAUAAUUUUCUGUGGUUAAGUAUGGAACCAGAAGAGAAUGAUCCACUCUUGGGGAACGAGGACUCGGGUGGAAAAAAUUUAGGCGAAUUUGGUACAUGCUGGAUGAUGGACGCUACCAUGAAGUGUACUCAUACGUCAUCAACUCACGUGAAGGUGGAUCGACCAAUCUAUCCUCAGACCAUGCUCGAUGAGGCAUAUCGGUGUAAAAGUCAACAAGCAUAUCCUCUCGAUAUUCGAUGUUCAGAAUGCAAUCCUGGAAAGAUGGUGAAAAGUAUGAUUCCUGCAAUCGACUGGCUUUCUCGUUAUAGCUUUAAACAAGACUUACCCAAAGAUAUAAUCGCUGGACUCACAGUUGGAAUCAUGAAUAUACCUCAAGGAAUGGCAUACGCUAUUUUAGGCAAUGUACCACCGGUUGUUGGACUCUACAUGGCGUUUUUUCCUACGAUAAUUUACGCAUUUCUGGGAACAUCACGACACAUAUCAAUGGGUUCUUUCGCUGUUAUUUGUUUGAUGGCCGGAAAAACAGUUUCUACAUAUUCAUCGACCUAUUCAUUAGCAAAUAUUCCAGUCAAUUCAACGUUACCAUACGCAGCCGAACAAAGUGGAACUUCUUAUUCGCCGAUUGAAGUUGCUAUGGCGGUCACAUUCAUGGUUGGAAUUUUCCAGCUAGGAAUGUACUUGUUACGUCUAGGAGUUAUUUGCACGCUUCUGUCUGAUACAUUAGUGAAUGGACUGACAGCUGGAGCCGCUAUCCAUGUAUUCACUUCUCAAAUAAAAGAUCUUCUUGGAAUGAAUGUUCCAAAAUACACCGGACCACUAUAUAUACUACGAACUUACAUUGGGAUAUUUGAGAAUCUGCAUACAAUCAAUUACGUGGCAACAUUUUGUUCAGCUGUCACAAUGGUAGCUCUAAUAAUCAACAAUGAAAUCUUAAAGCCAUGGAUUAGUAAGAAGUCAAUAAUCCCAAUUCCUAUAGAACUGAUAGUUGUCUUAGCUGGUACCCUACUAUCACGAUAUGCCUAUAUAUCUGACACUCACAAUUUAUCAGUUGUUGGACAUAUAGCUGUUGGACUACCAGAAGCUGCAGCACCAAAAUUGUCGCUUUUGUCGUUGGUAGCUUUGGACAGUUUCGUGAUUUCAGUAGUUGCCUACAUCAUAAGUGUCUCAAUGGCUUUGAUUUUUGCUCAAAAACUGAAAUAUACAAUCGAUUCGAACCAGGAACUUCUGGCACAGGGCGUUGGAAAUGUAGUUGGGUCGUUCUUUUCAUGCCUACCAUUCGCUGCUUCGCUUUCCCGGAGCGCUAUUCAAGAAAUGGCAGGAGGUGUUACUCAAGUGGCCAGUCUUUUCUCUUGCAGUGUACUUCUUGUCGUAUUGCUUUGGAUCGCUCCAUUCUUCGAGCCAUUGCCAAGAUGUUUCCUGGCUGCUCUCAUCAUAGUCGCAUUGAAAGGUGUGCUAUUUCAAGUGAAAGACUUUUUCCGCAUCUGGAAAAUGUCGACGCUGGAUGGAAUCACAUGGCUUGUAACAUAUCUCACGGUCAUACUAGUCGAAAUAGACAUUGGACUUCUGGUUGGCGUUUUUGUAUCAAUUGUUACUAUUUUCAUUCAAGGCAUGAAGCCAUACACUUGCCAACUAGCAAGACUUCCCAAUACAGACAUAUAUGUGGACUCUACAAGGUAUACCAAGACUGAGGAAGUAAAAGGUGUGUGUAUCGUCCAUUAUGCUGGUGGCCUCAACUUUGCAAAUAGAGUUUACUUCAAGAAGGCUGUUCAUCAAAUUUACAAGGAGUGUGCAGAAAAUGAAGUGAAUCUGGUAGUUAAGGGAAAAUCGACUUCUGACGAUGACAUAGAAAAUGGAAAGAUACAAUUCAUUAUAUUGAAUUUGUCAGCUAUGCAGUACGUGGAUCCAGCAGGGUCAUCAACGAUUUCAUCGAUUGCUCAGGAGUUUUCUCAGAUAUCUGUCAACAUACUCUUAGCUGCGGUUGGAGGUCCUGUACAUGAUGCAAUGCAAUUAUGUGGUGUCUUUGGAAACAAUCUUAUAACGUGCUUCCCCACUAUACAUGAUGCUGUAUUAUAUGCCGAGAGUAAAAUGAAUAGACAAAGGUUGUCAAUUAGAUUAUAAGCAUUGGAUUACCAAGUGUUUCAUACUAAAUCAGCUCGGUCGAAUGUUUCACAACUUCAACAACAUACAGGCCUAUACUAGUUCCUAUGUAAUUUCUGUAUUUAAUUGUACUUGUUCUUAUAUAUUUUGAUAGUUUUAACCAUUUAUAAUUAUUUUUCAGAUAGGCAUGGAAUCAAACAGUAACUAGAAUAUUCUCACAAAUGUGUUUCAUAAGCUCAUAAGCGCCACAUAUUGCAAAGCUCCAAAAUAGUUGGCUUAGUAUGAAUAAUUUGAUGAUUAUAAAUUAGUGUGUCAGCGUCUGUAUAGUUAUUUAAUAGUUUCAGUUGACAUACUUUUAUCAUUAAGACUGCAUAAAAAUCGAAAAAACUGUCUUUUUCGGUCAUGCAUAAAAAUUUACGAUAAUGCUCAGCUUAUAAUGUUAAUUAUAUAGGCCUAAUCUUGUGGCAAUAAUGUGAACUGUUAAUUAACGUUUGUCAAUCAACAAGAUGACAACGUUACGUUUUUUCAACUUCUUCUAUAAAAUAAAAAUAUUAUAGUGUUGAGCAGCAAAUUUUUAAUUAUUAUUAAUAAGAAUGUAAUAAUUGAUGUAUAGUUCAAACCUUGAAAAUAUAUCUUCCACUGCAUAGAAGUAGUUAAUAAAUUUGAUCAUGUAUUAGUAAUAGUAUCUAUUACUUUUGUUUAUAUUUGACAAAUAUGUAAAUAUUAGACUUAGGUAGAUAGUUUUUGCGACAUUGUUUUGGCAUACUUGUGAAAAAAUUGAUUCAUGUGAAGAUGUGAUAAGAUGAUGUAAAAAUGUUAAUAAAUUCCUCUAAAAUC